GAUAAACCACCCGGAUCUCGACGAGCCGGUGCAAGAGGAGGAGGCACUUGGGACUGAACGGUCACUCGAGAAGGGGAUAGGAGGACCAAUCCCUUAGUUUGUAUUGACAGAACCACGGUCGAGACCGCCUUCUACCGAAAGGGAUAAUCGGAGUAAGGAAAAGCACCAAGGUGCCGGAACGGCAGCGAUAACAGGAUGAGCCCUGGAGAGCAGCCCAAGGGGAAGUUAGUGAAAGGGGAGGGCAGCGACAAGAUAGAGAAGUAUGUGGUGGAUCACCUCUACCGCCCAUGGCGGUUACGUAUCCCGCCUGGGGGGAAAUAUAGGGAGGCGUGGGGGAUCGAUGACCCGGCUUGGCUUACCGCUGUUAACGCGGUGUCUCUAGCAUUCGCUCUAGUUGCCAACGUUUGUCUACUAUUGACGUUUGGUCGCCGAAUCCGCUAUCAGUUAUCUCAACCGAUCGUGAUAAUUUUUUGGUAUAUAUCUUCAUUUCUAUUGAUAGCUCUCGUCGCUGCCGCAUCCAGGCACCUCCGGCUCUACCCCAGCGAGGAAUAUGCCUUCUCUCAAUCUUACUACUAUGCCAUACUAUCUUCAACGCUCUACUUCAUCGCAGCUACUUUCCUGCUAGCAAACUAUUUCAACAGCGUAAUACUAAAACGCUACCCGCCAAUCUUCAGCAAACCGACCCUCCCUCAGCGAGCCUUGAUGCUCCAAACGAUAAGUCUCACCUUCUACCUCGGCGUCGGGGCACUAGUCUUCAGCAAGAUAGAGGCAUGGGAGUAUGUUGAUGGCGUAUACUGGGCCGACUAUACCAUCCUAACUGUCGGCCUGGGUAGCGACUUUAAACUAGAGACAACCCUCUCAAGAGCCCUGGUAAUCCCGUUCGCCAUCGGCGGAAUAAUCAUCCUAGGUCUGGUAGUCGGUAGCGUCCGUUCACUAGUUCUGGAACGUGGGAAGAUAAAAGUAAAACGCCGAGCGGUCGAGAAAGAGAGAAUAAAAUGGAUAAAGCGACUAGAAGAGCAAAGAUGCGAGCGAGAAGAGAACCCAUCCCAGCCCAAAAGUGAGGAAGAGAAACUCCACGACGAUUUCUACCUCAUGCGCAAGAUCGAGAAAACUGCCCAUAGGAAGAGUAAAUGGACCUCCCUCGCCACUUCCUUGUCAGCGUUUCUGUUCCUCUGGCUGGGUGGCGCCAUGGUUUUCACGUUCUCGGAGCGGCGCCAGAAAUGGAGCUACUUCGACUCCUUGUACUUUUCUUAUAUAACUCUCUUGACGAUUGGGUACGGUGACAUCUACCCGGAGUCCAAUUUGGGAAAGCCGUUCUUUGUGGUCUGGACAAUGAUCGCCGUGCCCACCCUCACGAUCUUGAUAUCGAACAUGGGCGACACGGUGGUGAGCAUGAUACAGAAAGCCACAUUCUGGGUCGGUGCGAAGACAAUCCUGCCAGACUUGGACUCCAACAUCUCACUCACUCGGAAACUCAAGCGGAUGAAGCACACCAAGGAGGAAAAACAACUUGAGGAACCCGCCACAACCAUCGCCAACACCUUCCCAGAGCAGGCACACAACCAACAAGAAAAAGGGCAACUCCUGAAACAGUUAGCAGCAGAAAUAUGCUCGCUCACAAAACACACAACCAGUGAGACGCCAAAGAAAUACUCCUUCGAGGAGUGGGUGAAGUUCUUGGGAUUAUUAGGGAUUGCGUGGAAAGAAGGGGACGAGUGGAGUUGGUUGGAUGACGGAGGCCCACUGGCGAGUCCGUCGAGUGAGACCGAGUGGCUACUCGAGAAGAUGUGUCAGAGGUUGGAGGGGGAUAUCGAAAGGUUGGGCAACGAGGACGGGAUUAGGGACGUUCAUGAAUCACGAGAGGGGUAUGGUAACCGCUCGUGA